CCCACCACGAGGGUCACCUCCAUGCUCCCCAGCCUGCCCUACCUCCAGAGCAGCGGCUCUUCCCAGCAAGGCAGCCCCGUCUCCAGCCACUCCAUCUGGACUCAACCGGGAGCUGAAAGCGCCGCUUACAACCCUGGAUCUUCUCACCCUCCCGUGUCACCUCGGUUCUCCUUCUCCACCAGCACCCCCAUCCCUGCCACUUCUUCCCGGGAAGCGGCGGCGGCUUACAGCAGCUCCUUGAACCUUUCCACUAACGGGAGGGAGCAGUACGGCAGGGGUUUCGGCAGCUCCUAUUCCAGCCCCUAUCCGGCUUAUAUGAGCCCCGAAAUGGCCACGACGUGGACUUCCUCACCCUUCGACAGCCCCAUGCUGCACAACCUGCAGAGCCGAGGGACGCCCGCGGCCGCCCGGCACGCCAACAUAGCAGAAUUUUUUGAUGAUUAUUCAGAGGGGCGAGAAUGUGUCAACUGUGGGGCCAUGUCCACCCCGCUCUGGAGGAGAGAUGGCACGGGGCACUACCUCUGCAACGCCUGCGGGCUCUACCACAAGAUGAACGGCAUCAACCGGCCCUUGUUCAAACCUCAGAGGAGGCUGUCGGCUUCCCGCCGCGUCGGCCUCUCUUGUGCCAACUGCCACACCACGACAACCACACUCUGGCGCAGAAACGCCGAGGGGGAGCCCGUCUGUAAUGCCUGCGGCCUCUACAUGAAGCUCCAUGGGGUAAG